CUGCCAUAGACUAGGUUUCAUAAUGCAGAGUGUUGUCGAGAAGAUUGUGGUACAGUAAAAGCAGUGGUUUGCAGUCUGUGCAAGAGGACGGCUUCAACUGCAUCAGGAUGGCCAAAUGUUCCAGAACAUCAGUUAAGAAGCAGAUGUCUCCUGUCAAAGCACUCAGGAACUGCACAGAUCUGGAGAAAUCUGUUGCAACAAUAGCAGUAAUAUUUAAUAAUCACACAGGUCCAGAUGGAAAACUCAGUAAAACUCAGGCAAAAGACUUACUUUUGGCCCAGUUUCAGAGCUUCAUUAAGGGACAGGAACUGAAGCCAAAAUACAAAGAAAUUAUUUCCGACCUUGAUGAAGAUAAGGACAAAAGAAUAGACUUUGAAGAUUUUAUGAUAAUAUUGACAAGCCUGACAAUAAUGUCAGAUCUUCUGCAUGAGCUACGAUGUCUGACAACUAAAAAAUGAUAAUGCAUGAAUUUAAAUAAUUUCCUUUAAUUCAAGAUGAUAUUUUAUUAUGCAUGUAUGAAAAGAAUAUUUGGUAGCUAAAAGAGUCAACUAAAAAGUAAGGUUGAGGGUAAAAGAUUUCUGAGUGAUACUGUGUAGUACAGACACAUCCUCAGAAUUAUGAAGUUUGAUCAUGA